GGCCUUCAGACCACCCUCAUGAAGUCUGUUUCUGAUUGUUUGGACAGAGACAUUCACACCAGUGGCCUGCUGGAGGUCAUUUUGUAGGGCUCUGGCAGUGUUCAUCCUGUUCCUCCUUGCACAAUGGGUUAAGGACCUUCUGAUGAGUUAAGGACCUUCUACGGCCCUGUCCAGGUAGAGUAACUGCCUGUCUCCUGGAAUCUCCUCCAUGCUCUUGAGACUGUCCUGGGAGACACAGCAAACCUUCUGGCAAUGGCACGUAUUGAUGUGCCAUCCUGGAGGAGUUGGACUGCCUGUGCAACCUCUGUAGGGUCCAGGUAUCGCCUCAUGCUACCAGUAGUGACACUGACCCUAGCCAAAUGCAAAACUAGUGAAAAACAGUCAUGUCAAAAGAUGAGUAAGGUGCAAAAUAUCAGUAGCCUCCACCUGUAAAAUCAUUCCUGUUUUGGGGGUCGUCUCAUUGUUGCCCAUCUAGUGCACGUGUUGUUAAUUUCAUUAACACCAAAGCAGCUGAAACUGAUUAACAACCCCCUCUGCUACUUAACUGACCAGAUCAAUAUCCAAGGAGUUUAACUGACUUGAUGCUAUACUCUGAUUAAAAAGUGUUCCUUUAAUUUUUUUAGCAGUGUAUUAGGUAAAACCACCACAUCCGUACUGCCAAAGAGAAGAUUACAUAUCUCUCCGUUAGGAUUCUGUAAGUUUGUAAGUUAGUUAUGCAGGGAAGAAAGAAAGAAAAAAGGCACUAAACUGUACCUUUAUUCAUGGCUGGGGAGGUACACGAAUGUAUUUUUACCUUUAAUAUGUAUUUUCACCUGAGAUUUAAGGUACAUAAGUGAACCGUAAUUAAAGCAGUAAAUGUACACAUGCACCUUUGUAGGUAAAAGGUACCAUAGCGACAAGGAAAUGUACAGCUUAGUACCGUGUUCUGCUGAGAGUGCGUGAUCAGCUUUAUUUGUCCUCUGAUUGUGGAUUUCCUGUGGUGGGGAAGAGAAAGGGGUCUCUGUGUGUGUGUGUGUGUGUGUGUGUGUGUGUGGGUGUGUGUGGGUGGGUGGUGAGUGAGCACAUCGGAGCGGGAAGGCUGAAGUGUACGGGAACAGGGUCCUGGCGCAAUGUGUCCUGCCUUCCGCUCUCCACCUCCGCGAACGCGCCCGUUUCAAAUAAUGUGAAAGUGAAAGAGGCUGCACUCAGCAGCUCGGUAUAAAAUACAGCAAGACAGAGAGCCUUGUCAGGCCGGUAGCCUUCCCCUGGGUGACAUCAGUUUAAACCCACUCUCCUUCUUAGAAAGUAAAGCACAUGCCUCGUAUUUAAAGAGCUCAAGAGACUGGAGCUUCACUUAUCUUCACUGGAUUGAGGAACAUGGAGGCAGCGUUUAAACAGCUUCGUUUGUAAACAGCAGCGAGAGACAAAAACACUUCUUUCGAGAUGCCAUUUGCUCUCAUGGAAAAGGUAGAGGAAGAAACAAGCUCUUUCUCUGGAAGUGACUCUCAGAGUCCACAGAACUGGGGCAGAGAUCAGUCAGAAGAGAGGGUCUGUCAGCGUCGACAGCGGAACAGAGAUGCAGCUCGUAAAAGUCGCAAAAAGCAGACAGAGAGGGCAGAUGUCCUCCAUGAGGAACUGCAGACUCUGGAACGGUCCAACUCCGCUUUAAAGAAAGAGAUUUCUGAACUGGAGAAAGAACUGCAGCACUACACUACAGCCUUAAAAGAACAUGAACCCCAGUGUACACUAUCAUGUUGGUCUGGACCUCCCAUACCAGACAUGUCUACCUCAGACUUCCCCCAAACCUUUAACCCAAACCCUGGUGAGGAGUCUAUUUUUCCAACGCACGAUCCAACCACCCCGGACGUCUCUCUUGCUGACCUCCUGGACAGGACUGACUGGAUGCCAUGGGAUUCAGACAUAAGAUUGCCACCAUUUUGAAAAGAGAUUGUGGAUGUUAAAGCUGAAAACCAAAAAAUGUAGCUGGGCUGAACUUACUUCCACCUACCACUUCUGUCUGGUUUUAACAUGUUCUAGUAGGUGGUGGUCUUUAGAAGUCUGUGAGAUUUAACAUUGUACUAAGCUUUAUUAUUAAAAUUCAGAUUUAUUUUUGUAUAUGACAAAUAUAACCUACAAUUCAGUGUAGAAUGUAAUGACAUAAAUGAAAAAUGAAAACCGAUGUGAUUAUUUCAGUUGUCCACAAACCACUUGCUGCUCAUCUGUAUGAUAAAUAAAAAGGAACAUUAAUAUAAAAUGUAUAUAUGUAACCAGAAUGUAAAUAGAUUCAAUAUUAAAUCACUAAAUGUAGCCUGGUUGUUGCAUCUGUAUUUAUAAAUAAUAUAUUGGAAAUAUAUACAGUUUGAUUGA